AUUCGCGUUUGUUUAUAAGUAGACGAAAUCGUUUGUGCAACUCCAUUUCGUACGAAAACAUUCGAAACGUCGUUUUGUUAUUAAGAUUUCGAUUUAAGACGAAUCGAGAUGAAGCUUUUGAGUGAUCCAUCCGAAUUGUUAAGACCGGAAGCGAAAUUCGCGAAAAAGCCGAUUUCGCAAUUUCGAAAUUACGAGGACGACGAAAAUGAUCCGAUUAAAGAACGGGUUAAAAGAACUUACAAAUUAAUGCAUACCUUUCAAACUGUUGAUUUCGUCCGAGCAAAAAAGGAGAAGUGGUUAAAAUUUAAUCAUUUCACAUCAACAAUUAGGGCCGCUUUGGAGAAGUUAAACGACCUCGUUGAUGAAAGCGACCCCGAUGUGAACAUCCCGAAUAGAAUUCACGCGUUUCAAACGGCCGAAAAAAUCCGGGAAGAUUACCCGGAUUUGGAUUGGUUCCAUUUAACCGGAUUAAUCCACGAUUUAGGGAAGGUUAUGGCGUUUUACGACGAACCCCAAUGGGCCGUCGUUGGGGAUACUUUCGUCGUUGGUUGUGAAUGGGGAAAAAGUGUCGUUUAUAGAGAAAAUUCGUUCGAUGAGAACCCAGAUGGGAAAAACCACAAAUAUAACACUAAAUAUGGGAUAUACACCCAAAAUUGCGGAUUAAAAAACGUCUCGUUAUCAUGGGGACACGACGAGUAUCUUUAUCAAGUUUUAAAGCAUAACAAAUCGAAAUUGCCGAAAGAGGCGCUUUAUAUGAUUCGAUACCAUAGCUUUUACCCAUGGCAUGCAGGGGGUGAUUAUAAACAUUUAACCGAUAAAGACGAUGAGGAGAUGAAAAAAUGGGUUUUACUGUUUAACCAAUACGACUUAUAUACAAAAAGCGAAACCAUCCCGGAUAUUCACCGUUUAUGGCCUUAUUACCAAGAAUUAAUCAACAAAUACAUCCCCGGGGUGCUAAAAUGGUGAUGAAUUUAUGUAAAAACGAAAAUUAGGUGGAACAUGUUUCAUUUUGGGGGUAAUAAUUAAUAAAAUAUAAUUGUUUACGAA